CUUCCUCAAUUUUAAUUUUUCAUUGUCUCUCUCACCCGCACGAGCUUCUUGCCUGGAGAUCUCCACCUAGAAGCUACCUCUCACUUUCUUCUUCACCCUUCUUCACCCCUUUAUAUUCACAUAUCACAUCACUACACAUCUCACUCUCACUCUCAAUUUCCAUUUCAUUCUCUGUCUUCUCAAACCAAACCAUCUCUCACUUUCUUUUACCCUAUAUUACAUUUCUCAUAUUCAGCACAGACAAUUGAGUUCUCAUUGGAUUAUAUAGGUGAGUGAGGCUAUACCCUUUUCUCUAUACCAUACUAAACUGUCACAACCACGUAAAAAUAUUCUUUCCCCCCUUCAAACCAUGGCUUCAUAUUCAAAGACCAAAGUAGUAAUGCAAAAAAGAAAACCACUUCCAAAUGAUGGUAUUGGUAGGCCUAGAAUGCUUAAAGAUUUCCUCAAUGACACAUCAAAUUCAUGCGCUUCAGCCGGAUUCAAAUCACUCCCUAGACAACCCUGCAAUCCCAAUGCACAAGUUUUCACCAACAAUACAAAUACCAAGUUACUUAGAUGCCAAUCAAAAGCUGCAUCAACAGCAAUUUCAGCCCUCCAAGCCAUGAUCAACGCAGUUAAAAAUUUUCCGUUGAAAAAUUCCUCUUCAAUAUUGCCAAGAAGCCUUUCACGGAGACUGUCAAGAAAGAAACCAAGCGAAGUCAAAAUUACAGUCAGAGUCAAAGACAUCAUACGGUGGACAUCGUUUCGGGACUUGGUGGAGGAGAAAUCUCAGCCCUUGGAUUUCAAUUCCUCGCCUAAUCGCUGCACCACAACUACUAUUACAACGGGGUCCACAAAUACCACGUGUAGUAGCAACAGCUCAAGUUGGUGUGAAAGUGAUUUUACCUCGGAGUAUCUACCGUCGUGCGGCGGUAAUACUCAGGACAGCGUUGUAAACGAGGUUGAAGUAGGUAAAAAGUAUUUACCACGUGUCGGCGAGGAUUGUCAGAAAACGACAACAGGGACAAAAACUUAUGCUGACGUGGGACCCAAGGGAGAAUUAUGGUGCGAUGAGAAAGAACAGCAAAGCCCAGUUUCGGUGCUUAAUUUUCAAGUUGGAGAGGGUGAAGAGCCAUUCUCAUCUUUUACUCGAAGCCUUGCCAACAUGGAGAGGACAAGACAAAACCUUAUGCAAAAGAUCCAGCUCUUUGAGAGUCUUGCUAAACUGGAGCCUUUUAACCAAGAGGAAUGCAUGUCCAUGGAAGAAAAUACCAAAUUCGAUGAAGAAGAACCAGAUGAAUUUGAAAAGAAGGUCUCGGAGCUGUUUGUCAAAACAGCAAGUACAGUAGAUAUUGGCAGUGCCGGAGUGGAACUAUUAUUGUUGGAUUUCUUUAGGGAUGAAUUGACUACAAAAAGAUGCCAAACUAAAAUGGAUGAUGAUGAGUUUGAUAGCGAGGUGGUGAGCAAGGCAAAAGCAUGGGUGAGAGGGGAACAAAAUGGACUACAUGAAUGGGGUAUAGAGCUUAAGAGGGAGGCUUAUAUUAGUGACAUGUAUAGAAGAGAGAGGUGGAGCAACUUUGAAGAGGAGCAAGAGGAGCUAGCUUUUGAAUUUGAGACUGGGAUUCUGGGGGAUUUGUUGGAUGAGGUUCUGGUUGAUCUCUUCUUACACUGAGAAGAAUGGUUAAUUGUGUUGGAAGAAAAGUAAUGCUAAAGAUGCAAAAAUUUUCACAACUGUUGACAUGGCUAGUUGUGAUUGGAGCAAAACAUUACUUUCACCUGACUCUACCAUUGUUGACAUUAUUUUUAUCAUGCAUCAAUCGCAGUAGGCCAUAUUAAAAGUUGUGUCGGUAAAUUUCUUGAAGAAAGUUUUACUCAAUGGCUGUUGGCCUUUGCUACUCAACUAGACAUUAUGGUAUGGGUACAGUGGCUUCAGAUUCAAUUAUGCACUCAACAUGGCUUUGGACCUUUGGAGAAGCGGUCAUGCCCAUCAGAUUACCAACAUUACUUUGAUGCCUGGCUAUGAAUGAGAAAAAUGUGGCAAUGGGGAAAAUAUCAAUAUUUGGCCUUUUUGGCUAAGAUGGAGAGGUAAAUAGCUGAGUGUUGGCUUUUAAGUUGGUACAGCUUGGUGCUUAGAGCAUUUCAAUUUUGGAAUGAAAAGAUGGGAGAAGAAACUCUUGUAGGGCAAAACUCAUGCCUGGCAUGUAAAAAUUGGUUUCGCAUAACAACAGAGCCUUUUUAUUGUAGCGAGAUGAAGCUUAACAUUUGUAAAAUAAAUAAGAAAAGUCCAUUUUUAAUUUA